GCACCACUAUUGGCGCCAAAAUGGGGCGGGGGUUUCUGGAUAUAUUCCCUCCCAAAAUCAAUCAAUUACUCCCCCAUCAUCAAAACCCUCCCACUCCUCAUCCUCCAUCUCCUAUACUAACCAAUCCAGCAUCUCAUUCCCGCAACCAUUCAUCAAUGGUUGUUGUGAAAGAAUCCGCAGAAGAAGUGGAGCACUUUCCACAGGAGGAAGAGGACAAGUCAGAAGAAGCUGAAUCCGGAGAAGAAGAAGAAGAACAGGAGGAGGAUGAUGCGGAGGAGGAGGAAGGCUCCGAGAAACCCGAAGAAGAAGAAGAAGAAGAAGUAAAGGGGGGAGAGACGAGAGAUCUGAAGGAGAAGAAGGGCAAAAGGAUUUUGGAACCUUCAACCCCGGUAACACCCAGCUCCAGUUCCUUGAGGCCCACCAGGGAGAGGAAGAGUGUGGACCGCUUUUAUGCGGGUUCUUCUCCGGUUUCUUCUGCCGCUAAACCUCUCUCCAUUCAGAAGGGUCCAGGAAUGCAGCUUAGGGACAUCCCAAAUGUAGCUUAUAAAUUGUCCAAGAGGAAACCUGAUGAAAACCUACAGAUACUCCACAACAUUCUUUAUGGAAAGAAAGCAAAGGCACGUAUUUUGAAGAAAAAUAUAGGUCAAUUUUCUGGAUAUGCGUGGGCUGAAGAUGAGCUUGAAAAGCAGAGGGGAAGGCUCCGGGAUAAGUUUGACAAGUGCGUCAAAGACAAAUUGCUGGAUUUUUGUGAUCUCCUUAAUGUUCCCGCUUAUAAAUCUUCAACGAAGAAGGAAGAGCUCACUCUGAAGCUGUUGGAAUUUUUGGAAUCUCCUCAUAUCACAACUGAUAAGUUGCUCGCUGAUAAGGAAAAGAAAAGAAAAAAUCAACGAGGCAAGGUCACAAAAACUAAACGGUCCAUAGAUGCAACUGCAGAUAUCCCAGCAAAGAAACCUGAAGGCAAAGCAGGAAGGAAACGGAAGCAAUCAUCAGAGAGAGAAGAUGCUGAGAGUAGCCCCCCUAGGAGUGAGUCUGAGGAGGAGGAUUGUGACGAUGCAAAUGAUAAAAAGGAUCAGAAAGAGACUAUUUCUGAGGAUGACGACAUGGAGCUAGAGGGUGGAGAAGAAUACUCCAAGGAAAAAAAAAGAAAAAAUCAACGAGGCAAGGUAACAAAAAGUAAACGCCUCACAGAUGCAACUGCAGAUAGCCCAGCAAAGCAGAAACCUGAAGGCAAAGCAGGAAGGAAACAGAAGCAAUCAUCAGAGAGAGAAGAUGCUAAGAGUAGCCCCCCUAGGAGUGAGUCUGAGGAGGAGGAUGAUGACGAUGCAAAUGAUAAAAAGGAUCAGAAAGAGACUAUUCCUGAGGACGAUGACAUGGAGCUUGAGGGUGCAGAAGAAUCCUCCAAGGAAAAGAAAAGAAAAAAUCAACGAGGCAAGGUUACAAAAACUAAACGCUCCAUAGAUGCAACUGCAGAUAGCCCAGCUAAGAAACCUGAAGGCAAAGCAGGAAGGAAACGGAAGCAAUCAUCAGAGAGAGAAGACGCUGAGAGUAGCCCCCCUAGCAGUGAGUCUGAGGAGGAGGAUGAUGUUGAUGCAAAUGAUAAAAAGAACCAGAAAGAGACUAUUUGUGAGGACAAUGACAUGGAGGUAGAGGGUGCAGAAGAAUCCUCCGAGGAAGAUCAUAACUCUCCAAUGAAAGAUUAUGGGACUUCAACCCAGCAUAAGGAUAUCUCUGUCAAACCCUCCAAAAUCUCAGAUACGCCUACCAAAGAAUCUUCCGGUUCAACUUUGAAGAGAGGUGAUGAUCCAUCAACUAAUCCCGAGGUAGAAAUCUCUAAGAGACAAAAGACUGCUACUGAUAGCGGAGGGGAAGACAAAAAUGCAUCUGCAGCUGAAGAGGCUUCUCAUAAGAGGAAGUUGUCAGGGAAAGAGAAAAAUGCAAAGGUUGAAAAACCAGAGCCCAGCAAAGAAGAGAUAUACGCCGCUGCUGUAGACAUUCUGAAAGGUGCAAAUUUUGACACUGCAACUCUAAAUGACAUAAUCCGGCAACUAGGGUGCCAAUUUGGAGUGGACUUUAAGGCCAGAAAAGCAGAGGUGAAGGCUAUUAUUACAGAAGCCAUAAAUGACAUGAGUGGUGAUGAAGAAGACGAGGAGGAUGUGGAUGACGAAAGUGCAGAGCUCAAGCCAUAACAUUAAUCGAAUCAUCAAUGGGAAUCAUUAAUCACAGCAACUGGCUAUGCUUCUGGUUGGGAUCCUUGAAAUGGUAUUUGUGAUGUGUUUGCAUGAAAUGCUCAGUUUGACUCUCAUCUAAGCUUUUAGCAUGUAUAUGCUCUUCUUGAGUGUCUAGUUUUUUAGUGUAGCC